ACAGCUCAGAUUGCAAAAUCAUCAUGUUCAUAUACUGCAACUUGGUAUUGGUGGUACUUGUGCUUGCUUUAAAUAGUCAAGUCACUGCUGUAAUCGAUGGCCACUCUGUCCUGGACUCUAUCCACUUUAAAUGUCAAACAGCUCAUGCAGGAAGAAUCAUUGUAGUCCAUAAGAGUGCAGAACACAGCAGACUAUACAUGGUGCAUGUGGAAGGCUAUGAUGAAGAAAAAGGGAAUUUUACCUGUGGUGGAUUCCUUGUGAGUGAAGACUUUGUAAUGACUGCCGCCCACUGCAAGGCCGAGUCCUAUAAUGUCUGUUUUGGGAUGAACAGUCUUGAUGACAAACGGAUGAAAUGUUCAUCUGUUAAAGAACAUUUUCCACAUAAGGAUUACAAAGAGGAAACUCUCACAAAUGACAUCAUGCUAUUGAAGUUGUCCAAGAGAGCUGCUAAAGAAAUUAUAAACCCAAUUGCAAUGGCAGACAAGGCUGACAACUCUCCGAAAAUGUGUCUAGUCAUUGGCUGGGGAAGGACAGAAUACAAUAAAAUUUCUUCAAAACUCAUGGAGGUCAAUGUGACUCUCACUGACGAUGAAAUGUGUCCCGAGGAAAAAGAUUUCUGUUCCAAAGGGAAGAAGGGACCAGCUGAGGGAGAUAAUGGUGGUCCAUUAGUCUGCGAGAAUGGAAAGGCCUAUGGAGUGAUCUCAGGACAGCUGGAAGAUCUGACCAAAUACACCAAGAUACCUGAAUAUAUGGAUUGGAUUAAAGAGGUUAUGCAACCUUGAAAUCAGCAUUAGACUAAUUUUGAAUUUAAUGCAUUCAACUUGAAGCAUUUAACUUUUUGUUUGAUUGAAAUGAGAAAAAAAUAAUAAUUGUCCCUCUUUGUUCCUUAAUAAAACUUACCUUUGCAAAUUUUUUUCUUCAGCAUACUAUUGAGUAGUU